AUGGCUUUUGUUUUGAGGUUUGUUAAUAGUAAAGGUAUUGUUGUGGAAAGAUUUAUUGGCAUUAAACAUGUUGAUGACACUUCGGCUUUAUCAUUAAAGAAGACUAUUUUUGAAGUGUUGUCGAAAUUGAACUUAAGUCAUACUAGGAUCCGAGGACAGGGUUAUGACGGAGCUAGUAACAUGAGUGGUGCUUUUAAUGGCUUGAAAACCUUGAUUUUGAGGGAAACUCAAUCUGUAUACUUUGUUCAUUGUUUUGCUCACCAGUUACAGUUAGCAUUGGUGUUCGUUGCAAAGAAUCACAUUGAAAUCAAUGAUUUCUUUGAUGCGGUUUCUAAAUUGUUAAACGUCAUUGGGGUUUCUUAUAAGCGCCGAGACAAAUUAAGAGAAAAAUAUGCAACUCAAGUUGUGGCAUCAUUGGCUGAAGGUGACAUUGAAAGUGGUAAAGGUCAAAAUCAAGAAGUCGGAAUCAAACGACCAUGUGAUACUCGAUGGGGUUCUCAUUUUGCUUCAUUGUUAAAUAUAAAGAUCAUAUAUUCUUCAAUCUGUGAAGUAUUAAGUGACAUAAAGGAAGAUAGAAGUAACAAUCAAGAUCGUAGAGGUGAAGCAAGUCGUGUUUUUAGAUCAUAA